GAGAGACAGAGAGCGAGAGCGAGAGCGAGAAAGGUUGACAGAGGCAGACAGAGGGAGAGAGCGAGAGAGAGAGAGAGCUAGGGAGCGAAAGAGCGAGAGAGAGAGAGAGCUAGGGAGCGAAAGAGCGAGAGAGAGCCGCACACAGUACACACUGAUAGAAACAGAGAGAAAUAGGUUGAAAGUGAGACAUUGAGACAGUGUAGUGAUACUGAUUGGAAGAAAAGAAGAAGAACGGAGAAACAGACUGACACAAAGUUAGACCAGGAGGGCAGAGAGAGACAGAGAGAGAGAGACAGAUAGAGAGGCAACAUGUGUCUGAUGUGAUAAAUUCUACUCUUUCCCUCUAAAUAGACUGAGAGACGAACCUUGAGGACAGGCUGAGGGGCCCUAAUACUGAGACUUGGACUGAAAGAAGAGGACAGUCACACACAGACUGACCCUGCUUUUGGUCUGUUAGUGCUGCUCAGGGUGAUCUGAGAUGGUCAGACUAUAUACCUACAGCUAUGAAGAACAGUGUGGACACACCUGGGCAGACUUGAAUGGACGCACAGACCUGAAUACUCCUGGACAUAUAAAUAGACCUGCACUCAGAACCCUGACCACACUGAGACCUCCACUGCUCUGAACAAGCCUCACCAUUGGCCAGCCACAUCCUGACCAGUGGCUGUUCCCGGUGGGCAGGGUUAAGAUGAGCCUGUCCAAUCAAAGCUGUGGUAGUAGCAUUGAUGACUUGCGGCGCUACCAACAUCAUGUUUACGCAGUUGUUUACAGCGUCAUCUUGGCCCCGGGCCUUCUGGGUAAUGUCCUGGCUCUUUGGGUGUUCCAGGCAUACGUCAGGGAGACCAAGAGAGGAGUGGUGUUCAUGAUGAACCUGGCUGUAGCUGAUCUCAUGCAGGUCCUCUCCCUACCUCUCCGUAUCUACUACUACCUGAACCAUACCUGGCCAUUCGGCCAGCCUCUCUGCAUGUUGUGUUUCUACCUGAAAUACGUCAACAUGUACGCCUCUAUAUUCUUCCUGGUGUGUGUGAGUGUGCGGCGCUGUGAGCUCAUCAUGCACCCGCUGAGGUACCGUUCCAACAGACGACGAGGGGACAUGUGUGUAUGUGCCGCUGGCUGGUUGCUGGUCUGUCUCGGCUGUCUGCCUUUCCCUCUGCUCCGAAACACCAGCCUGACCCCUGACCUCUACACUCACACUGCCCCCUAUGACCUUACCCCUAACCCCUAUGCCUCCAGUCCUAGCUCAUAUGCCCCAGCCCCCACCUCUUCCCCAACCCCUACACCUGGCCCUACCUCCCUGGUGGCGGUGUGUUUUGCGGAGCUCCCCAUGCGUGAAGUCAGCCCUGCGGCCGGCUGGGCUCUGAUGGUGGGGGCGGAGCUGGUUGGCUUCAUCCUCCCUCUGAUCCUAGUUCUGACCUGCGCCUGUCUGUCAGCCGGCAGCCUGCGAGUCCACAGGGGGGAGGGGGAGGGGGGAGGGGUGAAGGACCAUGGGGAGAAGAAGAGGGCGUUGAGGAUGGUGUUGAGCUGUGCCGGGGUGUUCCUGCUCUGCUUCUCCCCAUACCAUGUCACCAUGCCACUAGACUUUCUGGCAAAGGCCGAUGCCCUGGGGAGCUGUGAGGUCAGAGAGAUGGUGCUGCGAUGCCAUCCUGUCACCCUCUGUCUUGCCAGUCUCAACUCAGGACUGGACCCUCUCAUGUAUUACUUUACUACAGAUGAGUUUAGGAGAAGAUUCAGCAGGCCAGAAAUACCUGAGAGCUUCAGUCUGGCUCCAAGACUAUCCUGUACUAGUGGUGGGGGGGAGAAGGACCUGCCUCUGACACCUGAACCUGAACUAUAACCCCUCAGCAGGCCAGCGAUACCUGAGCGCUUCAGUCUGGCUCCAAUAAUCUCCUGUACUAGUGGUGGGGGGAGCAAGGACUUGCCUCUAACCCCUGACCCUGGCCCCAAGACUGUCCUGUACUGGUGGAGUCUGUAAGACUGAACCCUGACCUCUAACCCCGAGACUGUCCUGUUCUGCCAUGGACAGCAAGGCAUGGGGGGAAAGAGAAACAAGGACAAAGACUGAACCCUGACCUCUAACCACAAAACUGUCCUGUUCUGCUGUGGACAGCAAGGCAUGGGUGAAGAGGGGAAACAAGGACAAAGGGAACAAGGAGAGCGUUUCAAAUGUGAACUAAAGACAGUUUAUUACUCCAAAUGUGGACAUCUGCUGGACUGCGUUUGGAACUGCCGGUCUGUGGUAAAAAAUGAGCGUUCAUCUCAGCCUAGGCUGCCCUUCAGUCCCUAGACUUUUUGGUCCUGGUGGAGAUAUGGAUCACCCCAGUGAACACUGCUACUCCAGUUGCCCUGUCUUUAUCUGACUACGUUUUCUCUCAUAGUCCAAGAGCAUCUGGUCAUCACCGUGGUGGCACAGGGCUACUCAUUUCUCAUAAUGGGAGAUUUUCUCCUUCUCCCUCACCUGUCCAUCUCCUCAUUUGAAUUCCAUGCUGUCACUGUCACUUGUCAACUAAAGCUUAACAUUGUUUUAAUCUAUCGCCCAUCAGGGUCCCUUAGAGAGUUCCUCAAUGAGCUUGACACCUUGAUAACCUCAUUUCGUGACAAUGGCUCACCGCAAUCUCCUUUUCUUUCUCCCUUUCCUCCAACCAUAACCACUCAGCCCCUACCUAGAUGGUCAUGCACUGUCGCAAUCUUCUCUCUCUCUCUCCCACUACUCUCUCCUCUUCUAUCCUAUCUUCUCUCCCUUCUGCUAAAUCCUUCUCCCUCCUGUCUCCAUAUUCUGCCUCUUCGACCCGACUGUCCUCUUUUUCUGCAUCCUAUGACUCUCACUGUCUCCUUUCCACCGGCCGGCUCCCAACCGGCUCGGGCUUCCCUUCCUGCUCCGUGGCUGAGUGACUCAUUACGAGCUUACAGAACAGGGCUGCAGGCAGCUGAAUGACUCAUUAGGAGCUUACAGAACAGGGCUGCAGGCAGCUGAGUGAAAAUGGAGGAAAACUAAAUCAUUAUUUUACUCCCUCUUCUCCACCUUCUGUUCCUCUGUGUCUGUUGCUAAAGCCACUUUCUAUCACUCUAAAUUUAAGAUUCUGCCUCUAACCCUAGGAAACUAUUUUCCUCGCCUUAAUCCCCCUCCCUCCUUCCUUCUCCCUCUCUGCAGACGACUUUGUCAACCACUUUGAACAGAAGGUUGACGACAUCCACUCCUCAUUCACUAUUGAAUCCACUGGUCCCAGAACUACCCUACGCCUGGACUUUUUUUUCGCCAGAUGAAAUCCUGCGACUAGUGAUUUCCGUCCGCCCGACAAUCUGCCCGCUCAACCCCACACCCUCCUCCCUUCUCCAGACCAUCUCUGGGAGACCUUCUCCCAUUCCUCACUUCCCUCAUCAACUCAUCCCUGACCACUGGCUGCAUCCCCAAAAUAGCAGAGUCGCUCCCCUCAAGAAACCAACAAUUGACAUCAGAAACUAGAGAACGAUAUUCUAGAUCCUAAACAGUCAGGCUUCAAGACGGGUCACUCAACCCAGACUGCUCUCCUCUGUGUCACGGAGGCUCUCCACACUUCUAAGCUGACUCUCUCUCGGGUUCUCAUCUUCUUAGAUCUAUCCGCUGCCUUAUGGUGAACCAUCAGAUCCUCCUCUCAACCCUCUCAGGGCUGAGCGCCUCAGGCUCUGCCUCCUCUCCAUCCUCUCAGGGCUGGGCGUCUCAGGCUCUGCCUCCUCUCCACCUCUCAGGGCUGGGCGUCUCAGGCUCUGUCUCCUCUCCACCUCUCAGGGCUGGGCGUCUCAGGCUCUGCCUCCUCUCCAUCCUCUCAGGGCUGGGCGUCUCAGGUUCUGCACACUAUUGAAUUGCAUACUACCUGGCAGGCUGCUCCUACCAGGUGAUGUGGAGAGGUUCUGUGUCUGCACCACGCGCUCUCACUACUGGUGUCCCCAGAUUUCGUUCUAGGCCCUCUCCUCUUCUCUCUAUAGACCAAGUCACUCAGCCACCCCCUUCGGACACACAGUUGGCAACACGCAUCUCUGUGUGCCACCUCAACCUCGAGAAGACAGAGCUGCUCUUCCUCCCGGAGAAGGCCUGUUGCUCCAAGACCUCACCAUCAUGAUUGACAACAUCACAGAGUCUGCCUCCCAGAGUGCAAAGAACCUUGGGAUGAAACCAGGCCCUUGUCAUCUCCAGUCUGGACUACUGCAACUCGCUGUUGGCUGGGCUCCCGUUUGUGCCAUCAAAGCCCUGAAAUGUAUCCAGAAUGCCAAGCAGCCCACCUGGUGUUCAACUUUGCCAGGUUCUCCCAUGUGACACCACUCCUCUGCACACUCCAAUGGCUUCCAGUUGAAGCUUGCAUCCACUACAAGACCAUGGUACUUGUCUACGGAGCAGCAAGAGUAACUACCCCUCCCUACCUCCAGGCUCUGGUCAAACCCUACACCAACCCAUCCACUACAAGACCAUGGUACUUGUCUACGGAGAAGCAAGAGUAACUGCCCCUCCUUACCUUCAGGCUAUGCUGAAACCCUACACCCCAAACCAAGCACUCCACUUUUCCACCUCUGGUCUCUUGGCCCUCCCACCCCUAUGGCAACUCCCGCUCAGCCCAGUCAAAGCUCUUCUCUGUCCUGGCACCCCAAUGGUGGAACCAGUUCCCCUUGAAGCUAGGACAGCAGUCCCUGGCCAUCUUCCCAAAACAUCUGAAGCCCUACCUCUUCCAAGAGUAUCAUAAAAUAAUCCUACACCCCCCCCAAAAUUAAAAUAUCCAUUCGUGAACUAACACUCACAAGUUCCCCCCCAAAUAACACUGACUUUGCUAAUAGCUACAUUAUUGAGGAAUAAUCUACUUAGUAUGACUGAGCUAUAUGGUUGUCCCACCUAGCUAACCCUAUCCCUAUCUUGAGAUGAAUGCACUAACUGUAAGUCACUCUGGAUAAGAGCUUAAUGACUAAAAUGUCAAUGUAAAUCUGCUGGACACUGAAGUUCAGCUGAAUCUGGGGAGAAAUGAUUCUGUGAAUAUUAAGCUUGCUAACUGUUAAGUCUCGAAGAAGAGUUUUAACUCUAAAUACUUUGGACCGUGCUGAAAUGCCUGAGGUUAAUUAAAACAUAUUUUUUUCGA